AUGGCUCAGUUUUUUUUGUUCUGUUUCAUUCUCGCUUUAGCUGGUGCAGAUAAUACCACAAAAUCAAAAAUUGUGAAAUUAACCAUGAAACAAGGUCUACUUAUGAAUCAAGUUCUAGCCACGUAUGCUUUAAAUAAUGUGGAAAAUUCUGUAUGUAAGAAUCACACUCAAAUGUUCAAAGAUGGAUUAAGAACUUUUGAACCGUGGGCUUUGAACAUGUUCGAUGCUUCCGGCAAGAUCCAGUCCGGCAUCCUUCUAGGGAAUUUGGUCGAAUUUGGAAGCUUCAAAGAGUGCAUCCAUAUAAAAUAUGGUGAAAUUAAAGGAAAACAUUGUUUGCUAAAAAUCACUCCCACUCUAGACUUGAUUAAACAAAUUUUAGCUUUUCGUAAUGUGACCGAACGACGCUUUCCCAAAGUGCGACUAAUUGUGGAAAAGUCGGUUUUGUUGUGGUCGAUUUGUGUACCAGAUUCUUGUCCCAAGAACGAUAUCCUUCGUCAUUUUAAUAAAACAUUCAUUGAAAUGAGUGAGGGUCUAAAUCUUGUUGUUAGUUUACAAGAUGAACAUUGUGUGACCCUUGACAGUGAACCGAAAAUGGGGCUAGAACAAUAUAUAUCCUUUUCAGUUCUGGCGGUCUUCAUUGUCACAGUUGGUGUUAGUACCCUCCUAGAAGCGGUACUACCAUCAAAAAACACUCUAAUCGCGUCAUUUAGCGCCUCUUCCAACUAUCAAAAAAUCACAGCGAGACGAACCAAGAAUGACCUGGAUUGUCUUCACGGCCUUCGUUUUCUCAGCACUUGCUACGUAGUCGUGGGUCAUCGUUACCUAAUGGCCAUGUUUUCGCCGGUCAUCAAUGGUCUGGAAAUUUUAGACUGGGUUCUAAACUACUCCAGCACAAUAAUAAUAGGUGGUACCAUUUGCGUAGACACGUUUUUCAUGCUUAGUGGCUUGCUUGUGAGCAUAAGUUUUUUCGACCACGUUGCAAGGAAUGGCACUUUUAACAUAUUCACCUUUUACCUUUAUCGCUACUUUCGAAUAACUCCCACUCUAGGUAUUGUUGUUUUAAUUUACGCAACUUUGAUCCAGUUUUUUGGUUCCGGACCGCUGUGGUACGACACGUGCGUGGCUCAUUUGAGACCGUGUCGGUAUUACUGGUGGUCUACGUUGUUGCACGUGCAGAGUUACGUCAAUCCAGGAGCUUUGUGCAUUUUGCAAACUUGGUACUUGAGCUGCGACAUGAUUUUUUAUUGUUUUUCACCCGUGGUUCUCUACCCUUUAUGGAAAAAUAGAAUUUUGGGUUUAUUUAACUUAACUCUGGCGUAUUUUUUGUCAGUUGGUGUUAGUUUUUAUUUGGCUUGGGUCAACGAAUAUGAGGGAGGGAUGCCCAUAACGAAUCAACUUUUUGAAACGAAGUACUUUCAGAGGCACUAUAUUGCGCCACAUGCCAGAGCGUCUCCUUACAUUAUGGGACUAGGUUUUGGUUACUGUGUUUAUAGUUUGAAAGGGAGAAAAGUGAAAAUGAGUACUUUCAUGAAUCUGAGUGGUUGGAUCACCUCUGGAGCUUUGAUGGUUGCUUCAGUCGUUGGUUGUCACAGUUUUCAGGAAGAAAAUCACGAUUAUAAUCGCUUGGAAGCUUCGGUUUUCUUGUCGUGUUCUAGGUCGGCGUGGACUGUUGGUGUAAUGUGGAUGAUUUGGGCGUGUAUUCAUGGUUAUGGGGGCAUCGUUAACGAAUUUUUAAGUAUGUUUGUGUUCAGAGUGUUGGGGAGAAUAUCGUACGGAAUGUUUCUGCUUCACUUGAUUCUCCAGCUUUUCAAGAAUGGGGCCAACAAGAUGCCGAUUUACUUCUCGAAUUUCACUGCUAUUUAUGACGGCUGCGCCGACCUGCUGGUGACAGUCUUUGCCAGCUUCCUCUUCACUCUCUUCUUCGAGCUCCCCCUCACCAACCUCCACACCUUCAUCUUCAAAAAUAAAAAAGUUCAGCCACAUAAUUAGCGCAAUCUCCUUGAG